ACAGUAAUAGUGAAGUUAGAUAUACAGGUAGUUGUUUAAGUGGCAGUCAUAGUGAAAGAUCAAGAGGUCAUGGCAGAGGAUCAAGAGGUCAUAGUAGAGGAUUAAGGGGUUAUAGUAGAGGAUCAAGAGGACAUGAUAGAGAAUCAAGAGGUCAUAAUAGAGGAUUAAAAGGUAGACAUAGCAGUGAAUUAAAAGGUUAUGAUGAUGAAGAGUCAAGAGGUUAUGUACCUUCUGUCAGAAAAGUUUUUGAAAUUUGUUUAAAUCAUUUAUGUUUGAUGAACAUUAUUUGUUGA